UGUGUGCGCGUUCACCUUUGGGUGUAUCCCUCUAACAGCAGCAGCUCCUGCCGCGUCUCCUCCGUGUCUCUCUCUGCUGGGAACACUUGAACCGUCCGGAUGGAUCCGCUCUCCCUGAAGUCGCUCCUGCUCCUGCUGCCGCUGCUCGGAUGCUGUGUGGGGCAGGGCAUUCUGCCCGCAGGUCCCGUGUCUGCACUUGUGGGGGGAAAUGUCACCCUGAAACCUCUGAUUAGUUACCCGCCCAGCGUCAUAACCUGGGCUUUCAAUGGCCCAAAUGGUGUGGCUACAUUUGUUGGUGGAACUGUGACCGUGGAAGACGCUUACACGGGGAGAGCUUCGCUUAACUCUACCGACGGCUCCUUGACCCUUUCCGCCCUGACGCCUGGGGACAGUGGGGACUAUAGCGUCAAUGUGAUAACAACCAGAGCUCGAUUUGGAGAGACUAAACUUCUGGUGGUCGAGCCCGUCUCCAACGUGGACAUCAAGUCCAACGUCCCUGAUGCCAUUGAAUACAACAGCACUGUGAUUCUUACCUGCAGCGCUAUAGGCUCCUCGCUCAGCUUCAAAUGGAUCAACGGCAGCGCGCCCAUCGUGGUCGACGGCACGCGCAUCACAGAGAUAAAGACGAACUCGUCCAGCGUGCUGACCAUCAAAAAUGUUCUGAGGACGGACCUGGUGGGUCCGAUCUACUGCACAGCAUCUAACUCGCUGACAAUGAAAUCUACCACCACCCCUUUCAACCUCACCGUCUACUAUGGACCUGAUGAUGUCACCCUCACGCCUGCAAAUCCACCCAAGUUCAUCCAGGCUGGUUCCACGUUCAACCUGACCUGCUCGGCCAGCUCCCUGCCGCCCGCCUCCUUCACGUGGUACUAUAACGGGAUGAAGAUCGAGACUUCCAGCUCCGUCCUCACUCUGGAUAUGAUCAAAGGGUACACGGAGGCGGCUAACUACACCUGUCGGGCUGAAAAUCCCAAGAGCAAACGCAGCGUCCCUUCCCCGGCUGUUUCCUUCACCAUUAUGGAGGGAAUCUCGAGUGUUGAAAUCAUCGGUCCGACUGGUGUCCUCAUCGCCAGCAACAGCACGGCAAACCUCAGCUGCCAGGCGACGGGGGGCACUGUGGGGAAGGUAGACUGGCUGAAAGAUGGUAAACCUCUUGGGCCUUCCAGCCCUCGUGUGGUUUUUGCCGCUGAUGAAAGUUCUGUACUGAUCAGCCCGCUGCAGAAGGACGACAACGGAAGGUUCACCUGUCGGGUCAGCAACGCCGUCAGCAGCAAAGAAGCCCACUACAACAUGCAGGUCGUCUAUGGUCCUGAACAACCGACUAUAACGGCUAGGAAAGCCGUGGAAGUCAAUCAGCAAGUGGAGCUCACCUGCUCCGCUGCAUCUGUUCCUCCUGCCAGCUACACCUGGAAGUUAAACGGCACUGCAACUACAACCACAGCGGCGGUGUUCAUUAUUGCAAGUGCAGCAUACAAAGACGCUGGAACGUACACAUGUGAGGCACACAACAUCAUCACCAGCAAGACCACCUCCACCAGCCACAACCUGUCUGUCCAAGGGGAGGGAACGCUGGACGGUCUCUCAGAUGGAGCCAUUGCUGGAAUCGUCAUCGCUGUCAUCAUUGCUGUGGCCCUUGUUGUCGUAGGCGUCUGGUGUUACUGCCGACAGAAAGUCCCUACGUCCUCGCCGUACUAAAGAAGACGUCCUGAUUGCUGCCGGCCUACAGUUCCCAUAAUUGUAUUUCCCAUGAUUCACCUGUGCAGCCCGGAGGAACAGCCAGACGGAUCCAGCUGGUUUCCUGCGAAGCCUCGUCCCUCUGUCCCUCUGUCUGCCGUCUGUCUCAGCGGAAACACCAUUUAACCCAAACCAUGGAUUUAAUCAGGGCUCAAGUUGCUUUUUAUUUCACUUCUCUUACAUUUUUGGAGCUUUUUAUUUUUACCUCCACGUUCCUGUAUCACUGGAUCCUCCUCUCUUCUUCUUCUUCUUCUUCUCUCGCUGUUAACAAACUUUAUUCUUUGUCUCACCGCCGCCUCCUCUGCAAAACUCACAACACCGAGAAACUGAGACUGAGACGCUUCCUGAGCUGAAGCUGACGCACUGACAGCUACAAUGAGUGACUCUCUUUAUCCUGCUGAAACCUGAGGAGCGCACACGCACGCACACAGACACACACACACACACACAUGCACACACACAGCUGUGAUGCCUGGCUGAUCACAAACACAAAGGAGGCCACACAUGUAGAAGUUUCCAGGGUUAAAAUAAUGCUGCGGUUUGGUUUAUCUCUUGGUCUGUACCGGGUGGGCGGGGCCUGUGUGAUGGGGGACAUUUCAAAUGCAGCAGAGCAUUUUAAAGUAAAGGUUUAGAGGCUUCCCUGGAAGCUUCGUGGGAUCCCACAUACCUCAGUUUAUCCUGGCAGUGUUUAUUUUUAGCAUUUAUAACGUUCCUGGUCCAGCCAUCAUCCACCGCGGGCAUUCAGAUAAAACAUGGAACGAUGUUUACUCAGGCUGCUCCAUUUUGAAAUCGCCAACAGUCCGAUCAGACGGUCCCCAUCAAAGGUGUGCACACGAUCCACGAGUGAAAGCGUCUGCGCUCAGUCCUGCAUCGCGCAGGCUGCGAUCGGCGCUUCUCCUGAUAAACAGCAUCGCACGGCCUGCUGUUUCUAAUAUUUUGUCCGUCCCACUCACAUGAGAGAAAGAGCACCUGGUGUAAAGCAGGAGCUCAGCCCCAUCUGAGCGCGCUCACUUUUACUCUGAUUACCUGCAGUAACUGGAAGCUCAGUCUGUGAUUAAUGAGGGGUGCUGUCAGCCCACCAAUCAGAGAGCAGGUCUCUCCCUGAAAGCACUAACAGGGAAACACAUGAAUGCUGUAACACACACACACACACACACACACACACACACACACACGGGUACAGUGCAGGGGUCCCUCCAUAACCCCGGCUGCCUCCCUCCUGCAGCUUUACCUUCAGGCUGUCGCAGCGCUGCGUUAAAGUGCUGCUGCAGUGUUUAGUGGAAGUGCGCGCACACAAACAAAGGGAGGAAACUUUGAGGAGGGCAAGAUUCAACACGCAGGGACGAGGUGACGGGAAAACGGGGCUUAAAGAGUUGGGGGGAGGGGGGGGUGUUUGUGGGCGGGGACAUUCUUUGACUUUUGGAGGGAAGGUUUGGUGAGGUUCGAGGAGGUGCUGACAUUCUUAACCACGAUUGGACAGAAGCUGUUUUAAAUGAUUCACAGCUGUGCGCACACUCACGCCGCGCCCUGUUUUAUUUGAAGUUCAGCUUCCAGGCAGCCGUUUGAGUAUUCUGAGUCCUGCGCUCUGAGCUGAUCCACCAGUUUGGUUUGUCUGGUGUGUGAGUGCGUGCACUGAUCUCCAGUAAGAAGAGUAUUUAUUUAGUUUACUUUAUUAAAAAAGGAAAAACUUGGUAACUGGAGCUGAAGAUCAUAGCAGGUCUGCAGAUCACACAAUCAGAAGCUUUUUGGUAGUUUAAGUUUGUGUGUUUUCACAAAGCCGCCGUGACCUCGUCCUCUGAUUCUGGGCUCAUCGUGAAGCCUCGGCACCAUUUGAGCUUUUUCAGAGACAGACGUGACCUCGUUCAGACCGCAGGGUUAUCAGCUGAUAUCAAUCCGCA